AAUCGAGCGGGGCUUCGGCGUCUCGUCCGCUUCGUUUUCAGAACGCAAAGUCGGAAGUCCCACGUCUAGCUAACGAAGCGUGUUGCUUCUUUUUUUCCAACCUCUAUGGGCAGAACACCGCCUGAAAGACCGGGUCAGAACGAAAUAGGGAGGCCGAAGAACACUUUUUAUUCUUUUUUAUUUUUUAGGAAGCCAUGUUUGUUAAGGGACAGGAAACGCCUCCCUCUUCAUCUUGGGGGAGGGAGGAAGUUGGCCGAGAGCAAAGAGAGGGACGGUGGCGACGGGCCUGCUCCUCUCCCCGCCUUCGCGGUGAGGCGAAACGCGCCAUGCCGUUGGUGCUGGUGUGCGGCCUGCCGGGCAGCGGCAAGAGCCGGCGCGCCGAGGAGCUGAGGGCGGCCCUGAGCGCCGACGAAGGCGGUGACGGCGCUGGGCGGCGGGUCUUCGUUGUCUCCGAGGCGGAUUUCUUCGAGGGCGGCCGGUCGGCGCUGCGGGCGGAGACGGAGCGGUUGCUGAACCGGCGGGACGUGGUGAUCGUGGAGGCGGGCGGCGAGCUCAAGAGCUUCCGCUACGAGCUCUACUGCCUCAGCAAGCACGCGGGGACGCCGCACUGCCUGCUCUUUUGCCCGGGAGGCGCCGCCCACCCGGACCGGCCACCUCUGGAGCCUCAGGGGGCGCAGAGGGGGGGCGUCCAGCCGGGGCAGUUCGUCCCCGUGGCCGUGGAGGGACUGGCGGCCGGAGGCGGCGGCGGUGGCCAAGAGGCGCCUCCGGGCUUGCGGCUCCACAGGCCCGUCAGCCUGGCCGAGCUCAGCCGCCUCCGAAGGCAGUUCCUCAGCUAUGCCAAGAUGCACCCGGGAGAAGGCGAGGAGGAUCUGCCCCAGCUCGGCAACAUGUUUCUGCAGUACCUGAGCCGCAAUCUCCAGUGAGGCGCUGGAAG